UAGCUAAGACUAAAGACGAGUCAAGCUCAGACUUUAAGCAGGAAGAACCUUAAAGUCAGAGAGGGUAACUAGGUGGGUAACUUUCUUUACUAGGGUAAAGAAAAAAUCUAAACAUUCGUUUUAAAAAUGAAGAAUAAUUAAAAACUGGGAAAGGAUUAGAUGUGUUUACACUGCUGUAUGACAUCUGUAUUGCACACCUGCCUUGAGGAAUAAUAAGGAAGUACUUAUUUAUAAGAAGGUAUAAUCAAAGCUGUGUACUAGCUAAUUGUCAUUAUGCCUCAUUUUAAAGGCUGUUCCAACAGAAAACUGGAGGUAAACUUUGCAGGAAAGAGACUGAAAUCACUUCCUUCAGAUCUGCUUCAGAAAGGCCAGGAUGUGGACAAGGCAGACCUGCAGAAGAACAGACUUAUAGAAGUGAUUGGCAUCUCUCGUUUGUCAAACCUGACGGAGCUUAAUCUGUGCCGUAAUGAGCUUGUUGAGUUUCCUAAGGAGAUUAGUGAGCUACAGCAGCUGGUCAGACUUUACCUGAAUCAGAACAAAAUCAAGAGCAUACCUGAAAACAUAUUCCCUUUAUUAAAGAACCUGGAGUUUCUAAAGAUAAGCACAAACAAGCUUAGCCAAAUACCAUCAGACAUGAACAAGUGUGAAAAACUCAAUUUUCUAAAUCUGUCCAACAACUGUCUGAGGGACGUGCAGCCUCUGGUGGGCCUUAGCCACCUAAGAGAGCUGUAUAUGGAGAACAACCGUCUCACAGAACUUCCACAGGCUCUCUUUCAGUCUGAGAGCUUGGAAAAAUUAAAACUAAACAACAACCCACUUAGAAAACCUCCUGAAGCGAUUUGUCUCGGUGGUUUGAAGGACAUUCAAAGUUACUUUGAGAUGUUAGAAACUAGUUCAUUUACUAUCCGCACCAUUAAAACAAUGUUCCUGGGGUCUUCAAUGGCCGGGAAAUCCACUGUGUGUCGCAGUCUGAGUUGUGGUCACCCUGUAGAGGUGGCUGAGGAUGAUCGCACUGAUGGUAUAGAAAUCCAACAAUUCUGCAACGAAGAUGGAGUUCGCUUCCUCUUUUGGGACUUUGCAGGACAAGAAGAAUACUACUUCACUCACCAUGUCUUCAUAACGGCCCAGGCCUUUGUCAUUCUUGCUGUUGAUCUUUCCAGGUAUAAGCCUGAGUCUUUCAGAGAGAAAGUGGGCUUCUGGAUUAACAAUAUACAACUCAAGGUCCCAAAUGCAGUGGUCUUGUUAUUGGGCACUCAUGUUGACUGCUGCUCUGAUGAGAAGGCGGUGCAGGACAAAAAGAGCGAUAUAGAGGAGCGAGUGAACCAGAUGCUGUUAGACCGGAAAGAUAGUUUAGAGCAGCAAAGAAAGAACCUUGAGGAUUUUAACAACCCUUCACUGGUCUCUGAACAGAUUAGUGCAAUUGAACGACUUGAAGAAUACAAAUUGCAGGUCCUUGAUCUUAUAGCCAUUGACUGCACAAAACCUGAGGACAUUAAAAGGUUACAACACUAUAUCAACAAAGUGAUCGUAGAUACAGACACAUUUCCUUUUAUGGAACAAACACUACCUCAGUGCUACAGGGACGUGGAAAAUGAUAUUCAGGCCGACUUGGAGAAUGGCAAAAUUCCUCAACAUGGAAUAGUGGCUCACGGCGACAUCCUGGACCACCUAAACGCCUGUCACAAAGAAUUGGAUCAUGCUAAGCUGCGUGUUGUUCUUCAGUACCUCCAUAGAAGUGGAAUUAUUAUAUGGUACAGGGACAUCACAGACUCGAAUAAAAUGGUGUUUGUUAAACCGUCAUUCCUUAUCUCAUUGUUCAAGGCCAUUGUUAGACAUGAUUUGGUCAGUAUGCUGAAAGAGAUUCCUAGCAGAGAUCUAAAGAGGGAAAACUCUCUGGAGAAGCACAGAGACGCUUGGAUUAAGGACUUCGAGAACAAAGCGACUCUGAGCAAUGUGGCCAUACGAAUUUUGGUGCAUGCAGAACUCAAGCGGUCAGGUGUUGAUGAUGAUGAGCUGAUAGAGGAGAUAGUUGGGACCAAAAGGAAGGCUGGGCAGCUUAUCAAGCUGCUGGAGCACUUUGAUGUUUGUCUACCGGCUAAACAAGGUGCUCGACUCAACCCUGCAGCCCCAGAAUUUUGUCCAGACAAAAAGUGGGAGCCAUCAAGCCCUGAGGUAUAUGAACCGAAUGGAAGUUGUCUUUUCCCGAGUUUCCUUAAGAGUGACAAGGAUGUGAAGGAUAUGUGGGGACAGGACAACCUGGAAGACAUCACUGUCCAAGUUUACUUCCUUCCUGAGAUACCUCAUGGAUUCUUCCAUAGGCUGGUCAUCAGGAUCUGCUCGAUUUACUCCACCAACUGGAUUGGGAAAGAGCAAUGUCUCUUCACUUGUGGAAACAGACGUCUCCUGCUCAGAGAACGAGCUGGUACCGGAGACCAGUUCAUCGAAAUCCGGGUCAAACACACUGAUAUUUCCACUUCAGGAAAUAUCCAGAAAGCAUGGGACAUGAUAAAGGUGGCGAUGAUACGGCUGGCUCAGCUCACACAGCAGUGGAGAGGCCUGUGUCAGUACGUGUACAGCCCAUGUAAACACAUAGGCUGCGAUGCUCACUUCGAGUGGUCAGACUGGCAAGACUGGAUCGAUCCUAACGCAUGUGAAAAAUUUAAUAUGGAUCCAGAGGAUAAAAUAACAUGCUCUAGGGGACACAUUCGCAGAACUGAAUGUCUGUUUCCUGUUAGAAGCUGUGCAGGUCUGAAGAUCUGACACCUGAGAAAUGUACCUGCCUUGAACUCGAUUAUUCUGGGAAGAAAAUAUAAUAAGUGCAAUGAAAGCAAUUUUAUCAGAAAUACUCUAAAAUUCAUGAAUGUCAUUAUUAUAGGAAAACAAAUAUAAUGUGUAGUUGCACUGUUGUAUUGAAGAAGCUUUUAAACAUUUUCUAAUAGAAUAUCCAGUCCA